AUGGCUAUCUACGACGGUCCUGGGUUCCGGUUCCACCCUACCGAUGAAGAGAUUCUUUGCUUCUAUCUGAAACGGAAGCUCACCGGAAAUUUACCAUCCGCUUUCGACCAUCUUGCUGUUAUCGAUAUCUACAAGUUCGAGCCCUGGGACCUUCCCAGUUUGUCGAAGCUGAAGACUAGGGAUUUGGAAUGGUACUUCUUCACUGUGCUGGACAAGAAGUACGGCAAUAGUUUGAGGUUGAACCGUGCUACUGAUAGAGGGUAUUGGAAGACUACUGGGAAGGAUCGCAUUAUCAAGAAUGCGAAGGAUGUUGUUGGAAUGAAGAAGACUCUUGUCUAUCAUUCCGGGAGGGCUCCACAUGGUGACAGAACCAAUUGGGUUAUGCAUGAAUACAAGAUGAUUGACGAGGCCUUGGCUAGAGCUGGAAUGCAGGACACUUAUGUGAUCUGUAGGGUAUUUGAGAAGAGUGGUUCUGGGCCUAAGAAUGGGGAGAAGUACGGGGCUCCUUUUAUAGAGGCGGAAUGGGAGCAUGUCGGUAGAUUGGUGGAUCCCGUGCUGCUUGUUGGUAAUGAGCUUUUGAUCCAAGAAGUGUCUGCUCCUGCUCCAGCACUUGUACCUGCACUUGCUCCUGCUCCUGUUCUAGCACUUGCUCCUGCUCCUUAUGUUGGUGACCUGGUAGAUCCCUUGCCAACUGUUGGUAAUAAGUCUUUGAAACAAGAAGUAUCUGCUUCUGCUCCUACUGAUGAUGAUUUUGUUGAGGCCAAAGACCUUGAUGAGGAGUUUGAUGAUACUAGUGAUACAGUUGUAAGUGCUGAUUUGGCGUCAAACUUCUGUUAUGGGGAGUGUAGCAGUCAUCCUGUUCAGCAUUCCCAAGCAUUUAUUAGUGCUCAUAAGCAAAUGGAAUCUGAGCUUGCUUUUUAUGGUAAUCAGAUUGAUCAGCCUGAUAAUAUGGCUGAUAUAUUUGAUUUGGCUAUCAAUUCAGUGCAAGAUGGAUACAAUGGCGAGACAAUCCAUAAUGAGAAUCCUCUGAAUUUCAAUUUUGAAUCUGAGUAUCCUGAUCUAUACUUUGAUACCUGUGGUUAUUUUAUGAGUGCUGAAGAAGCAUAUGAGGAAACCGAUGAUUUUAAGAAUGUUGACGAGGCUAUUCCCAUUGAGACAGACCCUUCUGUUGCUGCUGCAAUGGUAGACGAGUACCUUGCAUUCCCUGAAGAAGAUAUUUUCCAACAUGUAUGCUUUGAUUCUUCUUUGAAUGUAGGGAGUGAAAUCCCUAUUGCCAAUCAUGGACAACCUUUCGAUGAGCAGAAUGUGGAGAGCGAAACCAGCGGUAGCUCAUUGGCAGACAAACAUGUUCUUGAAGCACAGUCAAGUAAUGAACCUUCUUUCCCAGAGGGGGAUGCAGAGGUGUCAAAUUGGGUCUCAGCAGGAGACGCAAAUUACUUUGUAAAGCAAGCCAAGAAAUUCCUGGCCCACAUGCCUGCUUCACCUGCAUUUGCUUCAGAGUUUCCUACUAAGGAGUUUGCACAUGGGAUAUCUCCUGCAGCCGAGUCUUCCAAUUCCUCUCACAUAACCACAGGUAUGAUCAGCAUUACAGACAUUUCUAUUAGAAGCGAUGCGAUGGAUUGGAUGGUGGGCAAGAAUGGAGAUUUUAACACCAUAAUGUCUACUGGGUUUACCCAAACUGAUGUUAACUCUGCUACUUUGGUUCCUCUUUCUGACCUGGUCUGUAGCAAAACUGCAUUCAUGUUAUCACAUGGUUGGGUUUUCUUGGUGGGUUUCUCAGUUGUUGUUCUUUCACUGAGUUUCAAGAUCGGAAGCUUCAUGUAUACGGGUAAAUGA